AUAUCGGAACAUCUCGACAGUGCUGCUUUCCGCCGUAAGUGACGCCGGUGAUGCAUUGAAUUUAAUGCCUGUGUUGUUGUUGAACAUCAAGGUGAAGAUGUCAUCGAUCAAUCCCUCCGCGGUGGCUUUCCGGAAAGGCUGUGCCGAUUGCGCCGCGGCUCCCGCCUUAUUCCCUCCUGCUAAGCCUCAUCCCCCCAUCAGUCCUAUAACUUACAAGCCUGCUGCACCUGAUCAACGCGUUUGAACACCUAUAGACAUACCAUUCCACAAACCGCGCAAGCAUGGGUAGAAUUUCAGCAGAAAGCUCGCGCUCAAGCACGUCCCUCGGCGACGUGGAGAACGGCGAAGACCUGCCCCUCUACUCCGACAUCAGCGUCACCACACAAGGCAACCUCACUGCACCAGGCGAAAAAGCAACACCAGAUGAAGUUCGCGAGUUCUUGGUGUCGCUACUUAUCAAGAACAGAGGACUGCAUCAAGAUCACGCAAGACGUGUCGCUGCCAAAUGGACGCUAGGCACCGGUCGCGAAUUGAGCAGCUACCCCCCACUACUGUAUGCGGAGAUCUUCGGCUUGGAAGAUGCGUGGAUGGUGUACAAGGAAGCAAAACUGUUUAUUCGCACAGAACAAAAGAAGAACUUGAAAUAUGGCAAUGACUUCAACACGAACACGAUAGUAAAGGUCGCCGCUAUCUAUAUCAGUGUCUUUGCAGGUGUUUUCUGGCUGAUUACCACGCUAAUCGCCAUAUUUGACAAGACCACGGACGAGUCUAAGAUUGAGGCCGAGUUGACCAAAGGCCUUGUUACCAAGAACAAAGACUAGAUGUGGACAGCUAAUACAAUUUAAUCCUUACCAUGUCGCUGUUCUCGUUCUCGCUGCCUUGCUUGACAUUGCUGCCGACAAUGGUCUU